GGUAAUUACCGUAUUUGUACGGUAAAUUGAUGCCAAAUACGGUAUACGGUCCGAAGGGGCUACCGUACGCCAAAAUACGGUAAUUUCGUAAUUUCAAUUGCGAUUUUUUUUUUUGAGCUCAUUGUAAUAGUGGCUUUUGAAAUUGUAAUGUAUCGAUAAAAAGAAGUUUUAUUUCUGUGUAAUAGCACAACAUUCUAUGUUCAUGUAAAAUAACAACCUGUAAAAAUCAUCUCAAUUAUAAUUUACCGAAAAUAUCAAAUUUGAAUCAAAAUUUUCAGUCAGAUAAGGUAGUACUGCCGUAUUUGCAUAAAAUGAUGGAGGAAGCUUAUAGAAAUUUUCUAUUAUGCUACAUGGAAAGACAAUACGUAACAAAAACUGCAAUAUCUGAAAUAGAUCCGUCUAACAAAACUUGGUUUUUACCAAAGAAAAAUGUUUAUGUUGGCAUAGAUGUAAUGAAUGAAAUUUCUAAGCCCAUUAUUUCAGAAAUGCCUCAGUUAUUAGAAAUGUUUUUUGAAAGAUGCCAGCUUUUCUACUCAUGUCUCUGUGUAGAAAUUAGAAAACGGUAUGAUUUCGACAAUUUUAUUUUGCCAAAAUUGCAGAUAUUUGUGCCUAAAAAUGCAGUUUCUUCAGAUAUACACCAGCAGUUCCCAUCAUUAGCUCAUUUGCUCCAAAAUAUGACACGUUUUUAUGACAGUAGUGAAGGUCAACUAAUCGAUGAACAGUGGAGGUUGCUGCCAGAUUACCGUUUUACUGCUGAUGAAGAAAAAAAAAUAGACAUCAACGAGGACAUUGACAUAUUCUGGGGAAAACUCCAAAAAUAUACAAAUGAAAUGGGUGUAUUUGAAUUCCAGAAAUUGUCACAGUUCGUACUGAAUAUAUUAUCCCUUCCACACUCAAAUGCUGAAUGCGAAAGAGUCUUCAGUAAAAUAAACUUGGUUAAAACAAAAUCAAGAAAUAAGUUAAUAACUAAUACAAUCAAUGGUUGUUUAUUAACGUCUCAGUGUGUGAAAAAAGAUGGUAACUGCGUAGAUUUUACACCUACUCAGAAUAUGUAUGCAAGAAUGAACAAAAUUGAUAUGUAUUCUAAUUCUUCUAGUUCUAGUAUCGAAGUUGAUGAAGAUGAAUUUGUCAUAGACGGUUGAAAUAUAAAUUUUUGAAAAGAGGACACAUGAAUGCAAAUCAUAUUUAUGUUACAAUGGAAUCAGAAGGUUUUACAGAAGCAAGUAGCAGUUCGGCCACCCCCAAACGUAGUGGUAGUAAGCUGAGCCCCUUAACCAACCAGAGAAUUGAAAGAAUGAAGGCUAAAAUCAAUUCUUUGAAGUGCAAAAUAUUUAGGCGUAAAGUUCCCCACUGUUUUUGCAAAGGAAGACCCAUCGAGGCUACCAAUAGAACAAAUAUCUCAAGAUUGAUAUGUGAAUCAAAACGAUACCUUUCCAAAGAUGCUCAUAUUAUUUUUGCUAAUGAGUUGAAAGCAAACUUAGUUAAUAAAUUCAACAGAAGAUAUGAUGAUGACUUGAAAGAAAUGUGCUUGUUAAGCUUGUUAAGUGAAUACAAAAAAUCAAAAACUAAGAAAUCUAUGCAAUGAAUAAUGAUUCACAUUUAAGAUUACUUAUAUAUUACUUAUUUUUAUGUAUAUAUUCUUCUGUACAUUUUAUUAUGUUUAUUCAAUUGAAUUAAAAAUUCCACUAAUUUGACAAAGCAUUUUUUCUUUCUCUCCCUAAUCUUUGAUUUAGGGCUUAGUUAAAUUUUGACAAGUUUAAAUUACAAUUUGUAGGUUAGGUAUGGCCAUAGAAUAGAAAGAAUUGUUUAUCUCUUUCUCUAUGUACUUCUGUGGUUCUGUGUACGGUAAAAGUGUCCCAAAUACGGUAAUUUCUCGUCCCUGAUACGGUAAUCUCAAGAUUUUGGGUUGGCAACGCUGA